AUUACAUUUUAAAACUAAUCUAUAAUCAAAUACAAAAAUUUAAAUUAUUUAAUUACUCAUAAUUAUUUAAAAUUUUUAAAAAUAAUUGCAAAAAAUAAACGCGUACAUUACACCGGGUGUCCAUUUUUAAAAAGUGACUUGUGUUAUUGCGAUUUAAUAGCUGCGUAAAAAAAUAUAUUUAUUAUUUCAUUUACGUAAUUAAUAUAUAAUUAAAAGUUGUUUAUUAAUAUUAAUAAUAAUGGCCAAUACUAAUGAUUAUUUUGGUUUUGAGCUUUUAAAUAAAUUAGUGGACAAUAAAUUAAACAAAAAAGAAGAUGUUUUGAUACUAUUUGCUCAUUGGUUUUUUAUUAAAAAUGGUUUUAAAUGUAUUGGACUUGGUGAUUCUAAAACAGUUGAAGCUAAUGUUGAAGGCAACGAAUUAUUACCAGAAGAAUGGAAUCAAAAAGAUCAUUAUUCAUUGAGAUAUUUGAAAGAAGGACAAUUAUAUAUUUUGCUUGGAAGAAAGUCUGAUAACAAUUUACUGCUUAAUCUUUUGAGAGUUGAUGACAAUGGAGUAUCAAAUGUUAAAUUCCAAACAGAGACAAUAGUAAACAGCAUCCAUGGGCCAUUGGCAACAUUAAUACCGACUUAUCAAGAAGUGAUGAAUAAAAUACGCGAAGACCUUGUUGAGCCGGUGUACACUGGUACUGCAAGAGAAAUGUCAACGCAGACGACUCAAAAUGAAUCACAAGGACGACGACUGCCUAAUUCUGACAACGAUCCACUGAGGGUAGGACCACCACAUAUUCCUCAACGACCACCACGUUGGGAUCCAGCAUCAGAUCCACGGGCAGUUGGUCGUGCAGACUUGGAUCCAUUUGCUGGAGUUGGCCCGCGCGGUGGUGGCAUGAUCUUUGAUCCAUUUCAACAAGACCGUAACCUGCCCAAUCCAAGAUAUCCUCACCCUAAUCGCCCUGGUGGGUUGGGUGGUCCAGCUUUUUUACCACCUGGCGCAGUACCACCAGGUGCAAGAUUUGAUCCAUUUGGACCACCAGACAAUGACUUGCCACGUCCGUCACGCAGAAAUCCCGACCACGAUCAUCUUCCACCCCCCGGUUACGAUGACAUGUUUAUGUAAGACAAAAUUUACUGUUAAAAAAAAAUUAUUUAUAAUUUUUUAUAUCAAUACUCCACUAUAUUGUCUACUAAAAGUGUUUAAAUAAAAGGACAAAUAAAAAAAUUAAUUUUA